AUGACGAUCCGAUACAACCAGAAGCUCGUCAGCAACCAUUUCCGCAAGGAUUGGCAACGCCGGGUUCGAACCCACUUCGACCAGCCCGGUAAGAAGAGCAGAAGACGCACAGCUCGUCAGGCCAAGGCCGCUGCCCUUGCUCCCCGACCUGUCGACAAGCUCCGACCCGUUGUCCGAUGCCCUACCAUCAAGUACAACCGUCGUGUCCGCUCCGGCCGUGGUUUCACCCUGGCUGAGCUCAAGGAGGCCGGUAUCCCCAAGGCUUUCGCUCCCACCAUCGGUAUUGCCGUCGACUUCCGCCGCCAGAACCUUUCCGAGGAGUCCCUUGCCGCCAAUGUCGCCCGCCUCAAGGCCUACCAGGAGAAGCUGAUCCUCCUUCCCCGCCGAUCUAACGCCCCCAAGAAGGGUGACACCAAGACCGACGUCUCCAAGAUCGAGAAGGUUUCUCAGAUCUCCGCUGCCCUCCCUAUCGCCCCCACCGACAUCGCUUUCAAGGAGAUCUCCAAGAGCGACAUGCCCAAGAACAUCGAGGCCGGUGCUUACCGAACUCUCCGUGUCUCUCGUGCCAACGCCCGUUACGAGGGUGCCCGCCAGAAGCGCAUUCGCGAUGCUGCCGAGGCCGAGACGGCCAAGAAAUAA